UGGCAGCCGCAAGAAACAGCAGACUGCACCUGAAAGAGAAACUAAGUCUCAAAACAUGGUUUCAGUCUGUCAAAAUUAAGCGCGGAAUUUUCAAAAACUUGAGUAAUUUCGAAUGGACCAUCAAAUUUGUUCUGAAGCUUGUUUGAAAUUUGAGACUGUUUCACAAAGACUUUAUCGCCAACUUUAUAUGAUUGUAAAUUGGGUGACACUCUACUAUCAAAGCGAAUUUUUGCUUUUUGCUUCUGUUCGUCAGUUCUCACGCGGGCAAUUUUGUAGUGUAAUAUUCGAGUUUAUUCCGAAUGUCUCGAACAUACUUGGACAUCAAUUCUUUUUCUAAUGCUGGCAGUACACGCUCGUCGAAGCCAUCCGAAUGCGAGACUCCCCGAUGCGAGGCGGCCCGAGGCACGAGGCCCGAGGACACCGUGUAUACUCUCGCAGUAAACAUCGAACCGGCUCCUUGUGUAGAUUCGUGCGAGUGAUGGCCAAGAACGUGGAAAUUUGUGUAGCUGUAGCCUAUGCUGCUUAUUGUUACUAUAAAUAUUUGCAUAUUAUAUCAACUUCAAAAAUCAAGAAGCCUUGGAAGAAAAGAAGAUGGUGGGUGAAAUCAAUCAAUCGAAAUAGAACGAGGGAACACAUGGACAGACAAUUGAGCGAAUUGUUAAUGGAACCUGGUGGUGAAUUUUAA